GGACGAUCAAUGUAUUUGAAUGGGAACAUGUGAUUGGACCCCCACCCUUUGUCCCGGGUUAGGACCUCCCUUUUUUAAAUGGCUGGAUCCGCCCCUGAGUUUUGUUUACAAGUACGAUGACAUUCAACCCCUUAGGCGACUGACUUACCACUAUUCAUACAAAAACUCAACAGAUUCUUAUAUACAAUUGAACAGACGUUAGAGACCAGAUUAACUGUAAAUAAAUUGUGGACGCAGGAAACAUUCUUGCCGUCGCCAGACAUGAGAGAACAGAUUUUUCUACUAUGGAUCUUUAUACUGCUCUAUUUCAUGAUACCAUACAACAGAUGUGCUGAACCAGUAACUGUUGAAUGUGGUAGUUCAAGAAAUGACACGAUCAACGUUACUUAUACUGGAGAAGCCACAGCCGUAUAUUCCACUGCUAACGAAGCCGGUUGUGCGGCGGUGGAGGCACCGACUGCAGUGUGGACAAUCGAAGGGGCGAACGAUAAACCAUGUGGAUUAAAGUGGGACCAACAGCUUGAAGUUUACGAAUUCAGUAUUAGAGUCCAAAUCGAUGUUGUACUAUCUGACGGCGACCCGGUUUAUGAUAUUUCUUGUGUAUAUGGAAAUACAACAAGUGACAAUCUUUUUAUAACAGUGCAGGAUCCUAACUUUAAAUUAGUAGUACAAGCAUCUACAGUUGAUAUCACAAAUUUAGAGUUAACUGUUCUUGACGAAAACGGUCAGAAUAUUUCAAUGGUGGAGUAUGGAAAACAAAUCAAACUAUUUGUUGAUGCUAACAAUGUUACUUCAGAUACCGUUGAUGUGACGUCAUGUUCCAUUGUUGACACUAUAAACGAAGAUGAUCCAAGUUAUAAAACUAGAAUUCUGUAUCAAAGUUGUGGAACUGGUUACCUGUUAACUUCUAACCAAGGAUUUCGUGUAACUAAUCAGAACACUUUCCAAACAAACUUAUUCACUCUGAAGAAUACGUUUACUGGGACUCGCUACAUUGUCUGUUAUUUAACUGUAUGCUUUUCAAACACCACAACGUGCAAUCAGGGUUGUGUUAUCCCGUAUCAACCUCAAAGUGGUGCAGUACAAAGUAUAAUAGCUACUGCACAAUUAGAAAUACAAGAGCCUCCUCCAGUCACCACUACGACAACCACUACAACUAAAGCACCCACGGUAAUUUGUAAUCCAUCAACUAUCCUGACUUCAUCUGAUGAUUUUGCAGUACAAGUUCCUUACAUCGUUUCUUUAUCGGUUCUCCUGUUUAUAUUGAUUAUUUUUGCCGCUCUUCUGGUAGCAGUAAGCAGACAUUAUAUUUUCAGACGUUGCGAGAAUAGAGCCGCUCCCUUUUCCCCUCCCCCGAUAUCAUUCAUUCCCGUACCACAUUUAGAACCCAACUACCCAGUAGAUGGUUAUCGUCACCAGUAUGAUCACAGAUCAAACCUACCACGAUACAUGGGAUAUUCCGAUUAUUCUUCCGAAUCCUCCGGCAGCCACCGGUCAACCAAAUCUCUGAUACGUCGCAAGAAGAAAAACAAGUCAAAGUCGUCUUUGCGUUUUACCCAUGAAAUGGAUAAUUCGCCAGACGAAAGAUUUCGUUUUUACUGUGGCAGAGGCACGACGUACUCUAGACGGGUAGACACUGAUCCAACCAUGCUUACUAGGGUACCAAGAUAUUAAUGGUGUCAGUGACAGAUAUUUAUAUUUCGGUAUAGACAUCGAAAGGAUUUGGGUUGAAGGUUAUUGUUUGCUUAUAAAAUAAAACAGUUUGAAAUGAAAUGUCUACAUAUAUAUAACAAGGCUGUUAAAAAAGUAAAUGAUUAUGAAAUACAAAAUGUAAGUCUUCAAACUUUAGACCAUGAAAUAUCAGUGUUAUUGGUGUCUUCAGUUUUCACAAAUGUUUGUAUGAUAUAUUCAUUACUAUUUUCUAAAUAUAUGAAUUUACAUUAUCAUUAUGGUUUUAAAAUUCAUAAACGUUUUUGUGUUCGAAAUAAAUAGUUGCAUGCAAAAAAAAUAUUGACUCGUGUAUAGGGAAAGCACUUACCCUUUAUACAGUGGUCAUUUAUUGUACAAAUCAAUAUCAACACAAAAUAUAUGUUAUAAUUUAGUCAAAAUUUUUAUAGUUUUUGUUAUACAGCUAUUAGGACGUGAACAUGAAUGUAUAUGAGAUAGCAAGCUAUAUAACUUACGCUGAGAGCGACACCAAUUUCAAAAUUACCAUUGAAAAUCAAUUUCCAAACAUAUUUUUAGAUGCUUUUUUGUAUCUAAUGUUUUCAUGAACUUUUGCUUUACUUUCAGUAAUUUGACUAGACACUCUGUUUGCCCCAUGAUCUAUAUGUUUCACAUUUUUAUCGUAUAGGUACUAACCCAAUUGAAAAGGUAAAUUGAACAAACAAACAAAUAAAUAGUGAAUUUGAGAAAACAUUUAGCUUAAUUAUAUCAAUACAUUUAUGCAGUGUUAUCCACACCAGGCAAAAUACAACAUGUUACAACUGUUAAAUAUGUGUAGGACAUUCGUUUAUGUUGUUUUGUAUUAAUCUGAAUGAAUAAAUGUGUAUAUUC